UGUUUCACACUGAACUCUUUCAAUCACUUCCUGUGCUGCACAUUCCCAUCACAACAACUCCAGCAGCAAUGAAACUUGUAUACUUUCACUUCUUCAACUCAUGGAGACACUUCACAGGGAUAAAAAUUAACAUGGACUAAUAAUUACUCAUGGAGAGACGUUGAUAUUCUCGCUGCUGGCUGUCCAGUGGUUAUAAACACUGGACUUUUAUUGUAUGUUCUCUUUUUGGGUUAGCUAGUCAUGCUAGUUAGCCUUCGACUGAUAACAAGAUAAACACAGAUUCAAUCCAAAAUAUCUUUUUUUUUUUUUCAUUGAUGUCGAUUAAAAUCAGGCUACAGCCGUCAGCUUCGCGAUGUGAGGGUCAUAUAAUCGUAUAUGACUGUUUAUGCAGUCCUGUCUGUGUAUUAUGUAUGAAGUUUAAUUUUAGCUCACGCUAACAGAAAUAAUACGAAUUUCAGUUGUUUGGCUUUUUGGAUAUGAUUUUUGGGAAUACACAUGAUAAAACGUGUUUAAUCUGGGUUUAUGAGUGAAUUGAGGAACUCUUUGUUCUGGGGAGGAAGAGAAAAAUGAGGAAGAGGAAGACGAUGGUGAUGAAGAUCAGCUCAACAGGGAACUGCUGAUUAUUAACAGACAUUCAGAAAAAUGCCCAGAAGAAAACAGUCCAACCCACAGCCUGUCAAAUUGGGAGCUGAAGAUGCUGUGGCAGUUGGCAAUCAGGAAAACCUCGUCCUGGAGAGUGACUUCCUCCUCGAACAGGAGCUGGGCUUUGGAGAAAAUGACUACAGGAUUGUUGGUUUUGAGAGGGACUCAGACUCCGUCACUGCUGACAUGGGAAUGCCGGUGUAUGGCUUCAGCGAUGAGGACUGCUCCGGCUACAACCGUCUCGGCAUGGAGAGCGAUUUCGAGGACCCGCGAGACACGGAGAGCGAGCGGGAGGAGAUGGGCCCCGAUGCCGCGUUCGCACCGUACCUCUCCUGCAGACAGUGUGGCCAGCUGCUCGGCGACCCCCUGAGUGGGGCGCUGGAUCUCGCCGGUCUGUACUGCCUCCAGUGUGGAGCCGAGGGUGGAGAUGCUGACCGCCAGGACAGACCAUUAGAAGAAGCCCACCCGGCCGACAGCAUGCAAGGGAGGAUAAACCGAGGCAGAUCCACGUCUGAUGGAAGUGCUUGUAAAACGUACUCGUGCAAACUGUGCAGUUUCAGCUCACGUUACUCUAAUCACUUGAAGCGGCACAUGAAAACGCACAACGGCGAGAAACCGUACCAGUGCCAGCACUGCUCGUAUGCCUCCGCCCAGCUGGUGAACCUGCAGAGGCACGUGCGCACACACACGGGCGAGAAGCCAUACAAAUGCGAGUUCUGCACGUUUGCAUGCAACUCUCUGGGUAACCUGAAGAGACACCAGCGCAUGCACACGCAGGAGAAAGACCUCAACUGCAGUGAGUGCGAUUUCCGUGCGAACAACAGCCACUCUUUAAAGAAACACAUGAUGAGCCACAAGGAGGACAAAUCUACAGCCUUAACAGAAGAGUCGGUGGUGUCUGACCUCACUCUCCACAUCAGCAACGACUCCGACUUCCUCCAAAGCUAUGACACCCUACGGAAGGACCGCCAUCCUCCCUCCCUGCUGCACACUGACGGUUUGGCCAAAGAGUCAGACCCUCUGCCUGAGCUGCUAUUUCCCUUCACGUGCCGCGUGUGCGGCGUGGUGCUGGAAGACGAGGAGGGCGCGACGGCGCAAAUCUGCAGCAAAUGCACAUUAGACAUGUUGUCCAAAAGCUCCCCCACUAGCCCGGAGAAAGGCGACAAGCUGUACUCAUGCACGUCAUGUCCGUUUGUCACACAGUACCCCAACCAUCUAGCCCGCCACAUGAAGACUCACAGCGGCGAGAAGCCCUACAAGUGCCCGCAGUGCAAUUACGCGUCCGCCCACUUCGACAACCUCAAGCGGCACCACCGCGUGCACACGGGCGAGAAGCCGUACAAAUGCCGCGUGUGCGACUACGCUUGCGGCAACUUGGCGAAUCUGAAGCGGCACGAGCGCAUCCACUCGGGCGCCAAGCCGUUCCAGUGCAGCGUGUGCAGUUACAGCUGCAACCAGAGCAUGAACCUGAAACGCCACAUGCUGCGGCACACCGGCGAGAAGCCCUUUAAAUGCCAGGAGUGCGGCUACACCACAGGCCACUGGGACAAUUACAAACGCCACCAAAAGAAGCACGGCCACUCCGCCGAAGGGUGGCUCAAGAUGCAGCUACCAGAGAAAGAGGAUGAAGAUGAGGAAGGAGAAAUGUAGUGAGAUCUCUUUAUUGAUGUCUAACUCCAGUUGCCUUAUUUUUAUCUGAGGAAUCCAUGCUGUAACAAUGCGUCACGACAUGGCCGGUUUGCUGUUUUUUUUUUUUUUUUUUUUUGUUUCUAGUUUUUUUUCACAUGGAAUUUGAUUGUAUUUUGUAUUUUGUCCAACUGUUUACAGCAGCUGAUCACAGAAUCACAGGUUUGCUAUUUAAGACCGUCAUCUCAAACUCAAAGAGCACAUUUAUGCACCACUGGGUGAAUUUCACAAAAACACCAAAAUUAAAAGGAUAUAAAAUAUCAUAUUUUGGUAACACUUUACUAUGUCUCAUUUGUUAACACUAGUUAAUGCAUUAGUUAACAUGAACUAACUAUGAACAAUAUGUUUUUACAGCAUCUAUUAUAUCUAUUAUAUCUAUUAUCUAUAUAAAGAGAUAGUUCAACCGAAAUUGAAAAUUAUCCCAUCUUUUACUCACCCUCAAGCCAUCCUAGGUGUAUAUGACUCUCUUCUUUCAGACCAACACAAUCGGAGAUAUAUUUAAAAAUUCCCUGGCCCUUCCAAGCUUUAUAAUGAUUGAGAAUGAGAAUGCGGGGCGUGUUUUGAAGCCCCCCAAAAAAUGCAUCCAUCAGGGGGUUAAUAAAGGCCUUCUGAAGUGAAGCGAUGGGUUUUUGUAAGAUAAAAAUAUCCAUAUUUAAAACUUUAUAAAGUAUAAUAACUAGCUUCUGGCAGACGGCCGUACGCAUCGAUUUGCAGCAGAAGAGUGACCUCUGACUUGGCGCUUCGACGAACGUGGAAGUGCAGAGGAUAGAGCAAAACAAAACAGUAUGCGUACCAUCAUCUGGCAGAAGCUAGUUAUUUUACUUGAAAGUUGAAAUAUGGAUAUAUAAAAACGUAUUGCUUCGCUUCAGAAGGCCUUUAUUAACCCCCUGGAGCCAUAUGGAUUAUUUUUAUGAUGGAUGGAUGCAUUUAUAUUGGGCUUCAGAACAUGUCCCCCAUUCAAUACCAUUAUAAUGUUUGGAAGAGCCAGGAUAUUUUUAAAUACAUCUCUGAUUGUGUUUGUCUAAAAGAAGAGUCAUAUACAUCUAGGAUG